GCCCAUGGCCACGAGCACAGCCAACAAUCUCCAAAUAUAUGAGAACGCAUGUGAAAUGAGGCGCGCGAGCAUCACGUCACACGUUUGCAUGAUUCUCUGAGGAUGUCAGCUUCACGGAUGCGGCGAUUGAUGAGCGUUUCUGUCGCAGACUCAAACAGACGAUGAGAGUUGACACUUGCUUCUCUCCAGAGAUCCACGGCUCUUGGUGACAGCUCUUCCCACUAUGGGGCACUCAUGAAUGACCCAGGCGUCUGCUCGCUGCGGGCGGGAGUAUGUUGACUGCCUGUCAGCAUGACGCCGUUGGACUUGUGGCUGGCUCGCUCCAUCCCCAUGUGUCUGUUCCUACAGAGCCUGGUGCUCAUGGUCCUGUGCUUUCCGUCUGCCAGCACCUGCCCCAAGGGCUGCACUUGCCAGCGUUCCGAAAGCCCCCCUCACGGGCUCAACGUCACCUGUAGCCUAUCACGUUUGAAGGAGAUCCCACCUGAUGUCCCGCCAGACACUCAGCUGUUACAACUGGACCGAAAUCAUAUAUCGCUGGUGCCUGAUCGCAUCUUCCACGGCUUGAGGAUGCUCCGGAGGCUUAAUCUAUCCCAUAAUGCAGUGGAGACACUCGGGGAGGGGGCAUUUAUCGGUUUGGAGGGAUCUCUUGAAGUGUUGGAUCUGUCCCACAACCGCAUUACUAGCGUGCACAAGGAUGCAUUUGCACGCUUAAAGGCACGUGUGAUUGUGGACAAUAACCCUUGGCACUGUGACUGCGCCCUUCAGCAGGCACUCGGUGGCAUGGCGCACAAUCACGAGGCUGCCACACGCGUACUGUGCCGUAGUUCGGAGCUUAGGGACCAGGAGGGCCAGCCGUUUCUUGCCGUGGAUGCGGACUUGUGCAACCUUGCGAAGCGGACCACUGACUAUGCCAUGUUGGUGACCAUGUUCGGCUGGUUUGCUAUGGUUAUUUCGUACGUCGUUUACUAUGUACGGCAGAACCAGGAGGAUGCAAGACGGCACCUUGAGUACCUGAAAUCACUUCCGAGCAAACCCAAGAAACCGGACGAACCAGAGGACAUCAGCACGGUAGUGUGAUGUUGCAAAGUUAGAGGACUGUCAAACUGAUUGUCGUUUGGGGCGACCGACAAAGUGGCAAUUCUAGAGACAAAUUCCAGGAUGUUGAUAAAUUGACGCAAAUCGUUAAUGUCGUCUAACACACUACACCUGUCUUCUCUUUUUCCAAUGUGCUUUCCUGUUUCUGAGUAUGUAUUUAGAACACUUUGUGAUACACUUCCAACCCUGUGUCCUUUUGAGUAAGUCUAGUUGGCAUAAAGUUGUCCUUUAAAGUGGUUGAUACCCACCGUUCUAGUGAGCACCUUUCUUCAGGCAAAUUGACACGUAAUUUUCUAUUUAACUGUUCAGUUGAACCUGGUAACUAUCAAGCAAGACACAUCAUAAAGAGCGCCAAUUGCGCUAAUGACCAGUACAGGUAUUUUGAGAAAUUACAUCUCAGGUGCAAAUGUUGAUAGACUCCAAUAAUUUAUAAAAACCCUACAAAUGUUUUGUAAGACAAACAAGAAUCACGGCAUGUCAAAAAUGCACAUUAGCUUUGCGCACCGUUGUUUUAAAACAACGUAAUAUACCCUUUAUUAGCGAAAUAAUCUAAAACAAAUUGCUACAGGUUUGAUGCGGGACAUUUUUUCCAACAUUCAAAAACUACUAUUGUGAUCCUGUGCAUUUUUAUAUGAUUUGUGAAAUCUUAAAAUUGUGAUCAUUGAAUCGUAGAGCACAACAGUGCUGGUGUGGUGCAUGUCACGUGAUUCUUGGAACAAUAGUUGAGGAGUGUAGUCAAUACCUCCACCAAGUCUUUUGUCGGUGACGUUACUUGUGAGACUCUUUGUCUAUGUUGUACCUCACCAUGCGUAAAAAUGCUUGCAAGCCCUGUGCUAGUCAUUUAGCAUGUACUCUACGAAAUGGUUUCAAUGACUGAUGGGUAUUCGUGACCGAAAUUAACCUUGCAUUAAGUUCCACCCCUGAAACCAAACAGGCUCAAAUUUUGACGUCUGCAAUGCCUCUCCAAUUAAGAGGUAAAUUAUGUAAUCAAACCAGUUGAGGGCCGUCGACUUCCCCCAGUGCUCUGAGCAGUUGCAGCAGUGCUGCCAGCACUCACUGAUUUUAUUGUAUGUGUACGCUAAUGUGCCAGGCUAGCUGUGAGCAGAAAAUUACAGCUGUCACUCUGUUCCUGCCCUCAAUCUUAAAGCUGGCAGCCGAGUCCAGCAAAGCAAAGCCCCAGGAGGACCAGAGGAGAGACGGCAGGAGAAGAGAGAGGAAUUAAAAAACAAGACAUUGGUUUAGAUCAAUCUGCAUGGAAAGGAAAUCAGGGUCCUUGUAAAAGUAGUGUGGUGGUACCAUGGUAUAGUAAUGGUUUCAGAUAGCAAUACCAUGGCACUGAAUGUUUUUUUAUAUCUUGGUAUUGACUUGGUAAUUCAAGGUGCUUCAAAGAAUACCAUAGUAUUAACAUGGUACAUGCAAAAAAAACAUGGUAAUACCAUGGUGAACUUAGAUAUAACCAUAUAUUAAAUUGUCAACUGUUGUACCAUUACGAUGGUACAUGUUUGAAAUACCAUGGUACCGUGCCCCCACCCACAAUAUUUACUUUUUUUGGUUAGUGUCACUUCAUCUUUUGUGUUUCAUCAAAUGCAUUUUCAGAGCCUUUUUAACAAUAAUUAAUUUCGAAGGUUGGCGCAGUAGUAAUUAUGACAGAUAUAACAUUGGUUCAUCAGAAACAUUAGGAAAACAUUUAAAAGAUUCCACAGAUUCGACACCGCUUGCCAUUUGCCAGAAGGUACCUGAAAUCCCUUUAAAGAAUUGUGUUUGAAUGUACUUAUGUAGUGUGUUGCCUUGUCUAACGGCGCUUGUACUACAUGUUUUAUUGUGCUGCAGAUGAAAGAGCUGUUUACAAUUCUAACUCCACAGAAAACACGCUGUAGCCAAGGACACGGAGAGAGAUUUUUAAGUGCCUGAAAUACUCGUCUAUCAGUCUUUUAUUCUUCCAGAUACCAGUAAAUUUGCUUUGAAACAUUUCGUUCAGUCUUGCCUAACUCACGUCUACCGGCCCUGAAAUGGGACACGACUUUAUUGCACAAAGAUAAAGGAAAAACUAUUGAAGUUAGUAUUGGGAAAAUGUGUUUUGGUGUUUAAAGUGAGGCUGAUAUGUGAGGUUGUUAUUACUGUUGUGUUAACGCCCUUUCACAUGAGUCACAUCAAGGCUUAAACGUACCUUUCGAGACUAGUGUCAAUCACCGCUUUGACCUCCACAUUAAAACUGUUGUAGAAGACUUCACGGAAGGGCAGUUUUCAGUAACAAGAAAGAAUGGAAUGUACGCAAUAGUGAACAUAGUAAAAGCAAAUGAUUUUGAUUGGUUGUUAUCAUGUCGUUUACUUUGCUGGAAACUUGUCGCCUGGUUUGGACACCGAAUAUCCUUUCUAAUAGAUGCUUUGCUCCAUAAAGUUCAGGGCACUGUAACGUUGACGUGAAUCAUGUUAAUGGGCUUUUCUGGAAAGUAAAGUAUAGGGCAAAGUUGCGGCAUGUUUUUCUCAUGUUAUUUAUGUUUGUAUGUUUUGUUUAGGUAAUUCUUUUAUGUUUGUGUGCAAUUAUUUGGCUUGGAAAACAUGAAACAUUCAAAAGUUACUUAUUGUGAAUAUGUAAAACUGGACAGCAACUAAUGGUUCAUUACAUUGUAAAAGCAUGAUGUAGAGAAAAUGAAAUAAAAGA